CUACACAUACUUAAAACAAAUUAAAGAGUGCCGACCAGAGGAGCUUGAAGAAAGAGCAAAAAGGAAAACAGCACUCGGAGACCAGCUCCUACAGGCCCAACGGACAAAUUGUGGACCUGGAGGAGUAGUCUAAGCCGAAGCAGCUGGACCUCACCAGUUACACCAAGACGGUGUAGGAGCUUAAGCGGAACACUGCCAAGCUGUAGGCUAGAAUAACAAUUCCGCUCCGAGCUCUCUCGAUUGAAUCUACAGCUUUUACGUUUGGACAUUUAGGCAUGUUCAGGGAAUGACUUUCGUUUUUUAAAACAGUGGGAAAAGCAACGCAGGGCUUAAUGGAGAAAUCGGAGGAUUUAAUAAUCAGUCAAUGAAGCUGUUGGCUCCGAGAAAUGCAGGCGUAAAGAUAGUAAAGUUUUUGAACUUGUUAUUUUUCAAUGGAAACUCUGUUGUUUGCUACACCCUCCCCAUUAUUCUGCAAGAGGCCUCCAACCAAAUUAAAAUCGUUUCAGUUGUUUCACAUCAAUAAAUUAAAACACAUUCAUUUCCACUCAGUUGGAUUUUCAGUUGUCGGUUAUCAACAGAGGCGCAGGCAAGUGCAGGCUUUAGGGAUUUCCAAACCAGAAGAAGAAACCCAAGCAAUGAAUCCAACACCCAUAUGCGAGGAUUUGUGUGCUAGUGUCAUUGGCCUUAAUGACACAGUUGUGGGAGUCUUGGGAGGAGGACAGUUGGGAAGGAUGCUUUGUCAGGCAGCCUCCAAGAUGGGUGUGAAGGUGGCAGUGCUGGAUCCUAUGGAAAAUUCUCCUGCAAGUGCCAUUGCCCAUAAGCAUGUUGUGGGCAGUUUCAGGGACACUAAUGCAGUCCAAGAAUUUGCCAAAGAGUGUGGAGUACUGACGGUUGAAAUUGAGCAUGUGGAUGUUGAGACAUUGGAUGUACUAGAAAAGCAAGGAAUGGAUUGCCAACCCAAUCCCUCAACAAUUCGGCUUAUCCAGGACAAAUAUUUGCAGAAGAUUCAUUUUCGUGAACAUGAUGUCCCCCUCCCAGAUUUUAUGCAGAUUGACUGCUUUGAAAGUGCAAAAUUAGCAGGUGAUUUGUUUUCUUAUCCACUGAUGAUAAAAAGUAGACGCCUUGCUUAUGAUGGCCGAGGCAAUGCUGUUGCAAGCUGUGAAGAGGAUAUAAGUGCAGCUGUUUCUGCAUUAGGAGGUUUUGAGCGUGGGUUGUAUGCAGAGAAAUGGGCACCAUUUAUCAAGGAGCUAGCUGUCAUUGUGGCAAGAGGAAGACAUGGUGCUGCUUGCUGCUUUCCAGUGGUGGAAACCACCCACAAGGAUAGCAUUUGCCAUAUGGUGGAGGCACCUGCAGAUGUUCCAACAGAAAUAAGAGAAAUGGCUGUUCAAGUGGCUGAAAGAGCUGUUAGUUCACUUGAAGGUGCCGGAGUCUUUGCUGUUGAACUGUUUCUGACUGGAGAUGGUCAGAUUUUGCUGAAUGAAGUCGCCCCUAGGCCCCACAACAGUGGUCAUCAUACAAUUGAAGCAUGCUAUGUCUCACAGUUUGAACAGCAUUUACGAGCUAUACUUGGUCUUCCUCUUGGUGAUGCAUCUAUGAAAGUACCUGCUGCAAUCAUGUAUAAUUUGCUUGGUGAAGAUGAGGGAGAGAAAGGCUUCAUUAAAGCCCAUCAACUUAUGAAAAGAGCAGUAUCAGUUGCUGGUGCAAGUGUUCACUGGUAUGAGAAACCUGAAAUGAGAAAGCAGCGAAAGAUGGGUCAUAUCACUGUUGUAGGACCUUCAAUGGACCUGGUUAGAGCACGCAUGAAGUUGAUAAUAGAUGGAGACAAUCAGGAUGGGAGCUUUGGCUCUAGAAAUAGACAACCUACAGAAACCACUUCAAAAGUUUCAGCUAAAGAUUUAGCAACAAGCUCUAGAAAUGAUAAUUCAGAUUAG